CUCACUCCAGAUCAAAUUGCUAAAGCACAAAAAUACUGCAAGUGGGCCAGCAGUGCCCUGAACUACGACGACAUUAAAACUGACUAUCGGAAACUUAAAGAAUGCCUUGGAAUUGCUCCCAGACUGGCCGUGAUCCUGCUUGAGGAUAAGCUUUCAGGCUCCCAAUUUUCUAACGCGAAAAUUAACAGCAAAAUCCUUGUUUAA